AUGAUUAUUCCAAUUCGCUGCUUCACGUGCGGAAAAGUGAUCGGCAACAAGUGGGAAGCUUAUCUUGGUCUUUUGCAGGCAGAAUACACUGAAGGUAUUCAUAUUUUUUCUUUAAGUUCUGUUUUUGGUAGUGGGUGA